GUACAUCCAAACCAUCAAUUUAUGCGCUAUGAUUCACAUGAACAGUUUGAAGAUUUGAAGAUUAUAUUUGAUGGUACAACCGCUAAUGGUGACACUUCACUGGGACUAAGUAAUACCACAGAUGCUAGUGCUUACCUUGUUGGUGAUAAUCAAGUGAAAGAAAACUUCGUUGAAAUAAGUGAUGACGUUAUUGAUGUGGCUUUUGUUUCAAAACAAAAUCUGAAAGGUCAUCCAGAAAAACUGAUCCCAAUAAAGAGGUCCAGAACUGAAGAAUGCUAUAAUUCAGAGAAGCUGAAGAAUGAUAACAAUGAUUCCAUUUUAGCUGUGAGCAAUAAGAUCCUUAGUACCAUACAACAAAGAGAAGAGAGACAACAAAAAGAAGCCGAAAAAAGAGAAGAGAAACUUAGAUUGGAUGCUGUAAAACAAGAAGCUGAAAUAAAAUGUUUUAUGGGUUAUAUAAUUUAA